CACACAUUUAAAUGGACAUGGAGGAGCUCAGUAACAGUGUUUCACUGUCGCCUAUAAUCCUCACCCUCAUCGUCCUUUGCCUGCUGUGUGGAUUCACACCUGUUAAAGGUGAGUCGAAGGUGAUUGGUCCAUCUCAACCAGUCGUGGUUGCUCCAGGGGAUGACAUCAUCCUGCCAUGUCACGUGGAGCCUCCUGUCAACGUGGCACAACUGACGGUGGAGUGGUCGAGGCCCGACCUCCAGCCUGACCCCAACGAUCGACUGAGCCGGGUCGAGUAUGUGCAUCUGUACCGCGACACCCGCGAGGUCCCGGACAUGAAGAUCUCCUCGUACAUGGACAGGACAGCGCUGUUCGCAGAUGGCCUGAGACAAGGCAACAUAUCGCUCAAGAUCAUUAAUGUGACGCUUGCAGACGCAGGAAGAUUCAAAUGUUUCAUCCCGAAGUUAAAGAGCCAAACGCAGUAUUCAAUUGUCUAUCUUGUUGUUGAGCCAAAGUCAGCUCAGACAACAGAAACACCACUGCAACCCAUCAGUCUACAAACGCCUGAUCCAACGGAAGACAAAGACGUUAAAAGUGGGCUGUCUAGUCGGAGCAGAGUGAUCCUAAUUGUGGUUUUCUGCAUCUUGCUGGCGAUCAUAGUUGUUGGAGUCACAGGAUAUUUGAUACACAAGUAUCAAAAACGGGAGCAUAUGAAAGGACCUGUAGUCUAAGUGGUUUCCUCAAGACUACAUUGGUUGUUCAUAAAGAUGAGAACACUACACACCGAUCUAGCCUGGAUUUUUCCCUGUUAAUUUGAGGAGUCAGACCCGUCCAGCCACAGCUGGACACAGUGGACCUGCAGGAGGGAGGCUUUUAUAGUAUGAAGGGAAGCAAUCUACUGCUAGAAAAUCCUCUACGUUUCUCUGAUUUGGGCUCAAAGUUUCACCCCUGUGCUGAUGACAGAAACAGCAGUAGCUCAGUCCACACAGACUUGGGUUGGGAACUGGAGGGUCGCUGGUUAUAGUUGCUAUCUGGACCAAAUAUGGAGCAUGGACUGGUGGCUGGAGAGGUGCAAGGAUGCCUCCUGGGCACUGCUGAGGUUCCCUUGAGUAAGGCACCGACUUCAACAGCUCAGGGUGCCUGUCCAUGGGCAGCCCCCUCGCUCUGACAUCUCUCCAUUUAAUGCACGUAUGUAUGUUUAAAAAAUGAACAGUUAUGAUGCACUCUACACUCUACUCUCAGUCACCCCCCAGGGUAUUUGUGUACUUACCCUUCAGUGUCGUGUCAAAACUUGUGUGAAUGUGCUUUCUAUGUUUUUAUGUGUUUGUUUUUACCUACCUGCAAAGCAAAUUUCCCUUUGGGGACAAUAAAGUUGAAAGUAUAGUA